GCUGCUGUUGCUACAGGAGACCGGGACAAAGGACUGCUGUCUGACCCCUUCUGUCAUCCUUCCUCGCCUGAAGUCUGUGACCCCAGCCAUGAGGACCCUCACCCUCCUUGCUGCCCUUCUCCUGAUGGCCCUCCAGGCCCAGGCUGAGCCACUCCUGGAAAGAGCUUAUGAGAAUCCAGCCCAGCAGCAGCCUGGGGCAGAGGACCAGGACGUGGCCAUCUCCUUUGCAGGGGACCACAUCUCUGCUCUUCAAGCUGCAGAUCCUGUGAGGCGUGUGACCUGCAAUUGCAAAAUAGCCUGUUCUAUUAUAGAACGUAUUGCUGGGUUCUGCCGAAUUCGUGGUAUCUACUACAGACUCUGCUGUGGCUGAGCAUCAAGAACAG